CGCUACCCGACCGACAAGUCACACUGCAGCACACUGCGGUCCCGGCAACAUCUUGAGAGAGUGAACGAUAUCGAGGCAGUUACUACCGUGCAUAUAUAAGCAAUGCAUGCCAUUUGCAUGUCUGCCCUAUCCUAAAACCCUUAGCCCUCUUCGCCCAGUCUCUGCGGUUUCAACACCCUCGAGUCGACUCAUCCUCUCUAUCCAAAACUCGGUAUCUCAGUAUCUUUGAUCUGUUUAAAUCUGUAAAGUCCUUUCACCAUGGUUAAAUUCACCACAGACCAGAUCCGUGGGCUCAUGGACCGCCCCACGAACAUUCGAAACAUGAGUGUCAUUGCUCAUGUCGACCACGGAAAGUCUACCCUCACCGAUUCACUAGUCUCGAAGGCUGGUAUCAUUGCCGACGACAAGGCCGGUAAGAUGCUGUUUACGGACACCCGACCUGACGAAAAGGAACGUGGUAUCACGAUCAAGUCGACUGCUAUUUCCAUGUACUUCGAGAUCGAAAAGGACGACUUGGGAGCUGUAACAAGAAAUCAAAAGACGGAGGGUAACGAGUUCUUGAUCAACUUGAUCGACUCUCCCGGACACGUCGACUUCUCGUCUGAAGUCACGGCCGCUCUCCGUGUUACCGAUGGUGCUCUCGUCGUCGUCGACUGCAUUGAGGGUGUCUGUGUCCAGACAGAGACCGUCCUGCGUCAGGCUCUCGCUGAGCGCAUCAAGCCCGUCAUCAUCAUCAACAAGGUCGACCGCGCCCUUCUUGAGCUCCAUGUUCAAAAGGAGGACCUCUACCAGUCGUUCCAGCGUACUAUCGAGACUGUCAACGUCAUCAUCUCCACAUAUCACGAUGCCGCCCUCGGUGACGUCCAGGUUUACCCUGAAAAGGGUACCGUUGCUUUCGGCUCUGGUCUCCAUGGGUGGGGGUUCACCCUCCGUCAGUUCGCUGGUCGUUACGCGAGCAAGUUUGGCGUCGACAAGGACAAGAUCAUGGCCAAGCUCUGGGGCGACAACUACUUCAACCCUGCCACCUCCAAGUGGACCACCAAGUCAACGGAUUCUGACGGCAAGCCGCUGGAGCGUGCCUUCAACAUGUUCGUCCUCGACCCCAUCUUCAAGAUCUUCGAUGCUGUCAUGAACGGCAAGAAGGACCAGAUCACUGUCAUGACUGAGAAGCUCGACAUCAAACUCCUCCAGGAAGAGCGUGCUCUCGAGGGGAAAGCUCUCCUCAAGGUCAUGAUGCGCAAGUUCCUCCCCGCCGGCGACUCGAUGCUGGAAAUGAUCGUCAUCAACCUUCCCUCCCCCCAAACCGCCCAGCACUACCGUGUGGAGACCCUCUAUGAGGGUCCCAUGGACGAUGAGUCAGCCAUCGGUAUCAGGGACUGUGACCCCAAGGGUCCUCUCGUCCUCUACGUCUCGAAGAUGGUGCCCACUUCCGACAAGGGACGCUUCUACGCGUUCGGCCGUGUCUUCUCCGGUACCGUUCGCUCAGGCCUUAGUGUCCGCAUCCAGGGCCCCAACUACAUUCCCGGCAAGAAGGACGACUUGUUCGUCAAGUCUAUCCAGCGCACCGUUCUCAUGAUGGGCCGUUCCGUCGAGCCCAUCGAAGACUGUCCCGCCGGUAACAUCGUCGGGCUUGUCGGCAUCGAUCAGUUCCUGCUCAAGAACGGUACUCUUACCACUUCGGAGACUGCUCACAACAUGAAGGUCAUGAAGUUCUCUGUCUCCCCUGUCGUCCGGGUCGCCGUCGAAGUGAAGAACGCUUCCGAUCUCCCCAAGCUCGUCGAAGGCCUCAAGCGUCUCUCCAAGUCGGAUCCUUGCGUGCAAACUUGGACCGCUGAUACCGGGGAGCACAUUGUCGCCGGUGCCGGGGAGCUGCACUUGGAGAUUUGCUUGAAGGACUUGCAAGAAGACCACGCUGGUGUUCCCCUCAAGAUCUCCGACCCUGUCGUCGGCUACCGUGAGACGGUGAAGGCCGAGUCUUCGAUUGUCGCCCUCUCGAAGUCUCAGAACAAGCACAGCCGUCUCUACGCCAAGGCCAUUCCCCUAGACGAGGAGCUCACCAAGGCGAUCGAGGAAGGCAAGGUCAAUGCCCGCGACGAAAACAAGGCCCGCGCCCGUAUCCUCGCUGACGAGUACGGUUGGGAUGUCACCGAUGCCAGGAAGAUUUGGUGUUUCGGUCCCGACACUGCUGGUCCUAACCUGCUCGUUGACGUCACCAAGGGCGUUCAGUACCUGCACGAAAUCAAGGAUUCGUGCGUCGCCGCCUUCCAGUGGGCCACCAAGGAGGGUGUCUGCGCUGAAGAGAACAUGCGUGGCGUCCGCGUCAACAUUAUUGAUGUUACGCUCCAUUCUGAUGCAAUUCACCGUGGUGGCGGACAAAUUAUCCCCGCCUGCCGCCGUGUCACCUACGCCGCGUGUCUCCUUGCCGAUCCAGGUCUCCAGGAGCCCGUCUUCUUGGUCGAGAUCCAGUGCCCUGAGAACGCGAUCGGCGGUAUCUACAGUGUCCUGAACAGACGUCGCGGACAGGUCUUCAGCGAAGAGCAGAGACCCGGAACCCCUAUGUUCACCGUCAAGGCUUACCUGCCCGUCAUGGAGUCGUUCGGCUUCAACGGUGACCUCCGGUCACAAACUGCUGGCCAGGCGUUCCCUCAGAGUGUCUUCGAUCACUGGGAAAUCAUGAACGGAUCUCCCUUGGACAAGGGCAGCAAACUCGAGGGGAUUGUCAAGGAUAUCCGCACACGCAAGGGUCUUAAGCCCGAUAUUCCUCCUCUCGACACGUACUACGACAAGCUCUAGGCGAUCUCUACUCUUCGUGCAUCGAUUCUUGUUAAAGCAGUUUUUGGGAUAAUCGUUGUUUGUUGUACUCUUAGGAUCUGAUAAUCAUCAUCUUCUUUCUGCUUUCGCUCAGCUGAGAAUAUGUACAUAUUGCGG